AUGGCUCAAACAACAACACUAACUUUUGAUGGGACCCUGAUAAGGGUCCACACCGAAGUUUCGGACUCUUCGUCGUCAGAUGAAGAGUCUAUGACAUUGCAUGUUAAGAAAUCGAAGGUUAUUUCUUUGAAAUUUUGGCCAAGGUUUCUUGUCAUCGGUUCUUUCGUUGAUGGGGCCUUGAUGAAACUGUCGCCUUUUGCGAUACAAAAAGGGCUUGAAGGCUUGGCUGAAGAGCCCAAAAGUGUUAAGAAAUUGAGGAAUGGCUCAUUGUUGAUUGAAUGUUCAACAGAGAGUCAUUCUAGAAAUUUUCUUAAAUCAAAAAUGCUUUGUAACAUUUCCAUCAAUGUUAGUCCUCAUGCUACUCUUAAUUCAUCAAAAGGAGUAGUUCGGUCUAGAGACUUGGAAGGAGUUAGUGAGGAUGAGAUUUGCGAAAAUCUCUCAUCACAAGGUGUAUUGUCAGUCAAGCAGAUAAAUGUUCGCCGGAAUAAUGAACUUGUUCCGACAAAUACUUUGAUCCUAGUAUUUAACACACCUAUCCUUUCAGACUCUAUUAAGGCAGGGUAUUUGAAUAUACAUGUUGUGCCAUACAUUCCUAACCCUUUACGGUGUUUUAAAUGUCAAAAGUUUGGACACGGACAGAAUACAUGUCGCAACACAUUGACAUGUGCUCGUUGUGGUCAGUUUGACCAUGACAGCAAGGAGUGUCAAAAUGAUGUGAUAUGUACCAAUUGUAAAGGGAAACACUUUGCGUACUCGCGAGAGUGCCCAAAAUGGAAAGUGGAAAAACAGGUACAGCAGGUGAAAGUAGAAAAACACCUGUCCUUUACUGAUGCUAGAAUAUUUGUAGAUGCUUCCACACACGAGGCAUCGGGUAAAUCUUAUGCCACAGCUGUGAAGGUUUCUACAACCAGUGUAGCUAUUCAAACUGACUUGACUUGGCCAAACAGUGAGGAUAAAUUUAAGAAGAUUUCUGAUCUUGAAAAGGUGCAAUAG